UAUACAAGAGAAGAGCAUAUUCACACAUAAACCAUAUCUCAGUCAAUGUCAGCAUUUUCACGACUUCCGUUUGCGUGUAUGCAAUAUUGACACAUCUGUAAGGCGAAUCAACUCAUCGAAGAAACAUCCUGACACAAUAAAUCGCAGAGUCAUUUAAGCUGUGUUCAUUGCGAGAAGAGUAAGAGCCGCAAUAGUCGGGGAAAGAUUUGUCAAAUAUCGUAACAUUGUGAAAUACUGGUUUCAAUUGAAUAUUAGUUUUAAGUAGCUGUAUCAGGUUCUCUACACAACCACAGAACAUGAAUCGUUUUGUGGUGGGUUUCAAAAAUCGCAAUGCUUGUGACAUCAGCAAUAAGUAUUUGGUCGAAAUUUACAUGAAUGGACCGAAAUUUGACAUCGAUUUGAUUUCAUCCGAUCAAAAAACCAUUCGCGCUCACAAAUGUGUUGUAAGCAUGUAUUCAAUUUAUCUCAAGGAUUACAUUCGCGAACUCAAUUCCGAGGGCAAAGAAUACAUUCUAUUGUCCGAUAUUUCAAGCCACGUGCUGAAGCAAGUAAUCGAUUUGUUUUACAAUGGACAGAUUGUGAUUAGUGGCGAGGUCAAGCCAUACAUGAUAAAAGCAUUGGUUUUCCUAAAGGUACCUGAUGUUUUGAUUCAGCCGGCGAAAACACAACAGCCAACUGCACCAUCAAACAACGUUCGGAUGCGUGUACCACCAGUAGUGAUAAAUCCAAGAUACGCCACACAAGUGCGGCCACCGCCAAUGCCACCAACGCUCCAUUCAACGCCGAUCAUUCGUGAUAUGAACAUGGUUCACGUGAACAACGCUCAAUGCAAUUGGGAUCAAGUCGGACCAUCGCCGUGUCCAAAUCGUUCUCAAUUCUACAAUCAUCAUUCUCACAAUUUCAUACCAUUCAGAUACAUUGAACGUCAAGACACGACAUUAGUGACGCCAUCGAUUUCGUCACCGCCCGUUCGUUUGAUUUCAAGCACACCAAAAGCAGCAAAAGGAAAAGCCAUGGUACAAAAUACUCAAUUCGUACGUAUGCAAAAUUCAAUGAAACGCAACAUCCCUGGUUUAUUGCGAUUGAAGAAAAUGAAAGGCAACGCUUCAGCUGGCAAUCAACCUUACCGUUCCUUUAUAUCCAACCAAACGCCGCCAAUAUCAGUGCAAUAUACACAAAACCAAAUCGAGGUGAACAGCAUGAAUAUUGUGCAUCAAGACGCCAAUGGCAUUGUGUCGAUGGCUUCGAAUUUGGUCGAAACAAACUAUGUAGAAGUCAAUAAUUUGGGCUUUUAAACGACUUGGAUACAGUUUCAUUGCUUUUUUUAGUAGUUUUUCAAUCGUAGCAUACAAAAUGCAUCACAUCAAAUUGAAUGGAUCUCAUUGUUAUUGAUCUUAUUGAAAAUAUUUUACAUAAAUCUAACUCACACAAUAAUGUAACCUGAA